AUGUCUCUGGAUUUAACAACAAUUUGUCGUACCUGUAUGAAUGAUGAUAGUAAAUACUAUCAACUUUUCGAUUACAUUGACGAGGGGCAUACCAUUUUGGAAAUGCUAAUGGAAAUUGUACCACAACUAGCUGUCGCUGAUGAUGAUGCUGCGGCGGCGGAAUUGUCCACAAUAAUAUGUGAAACUUGUGUUGAACAAUUAAUAACAUGUUAUAAAUUUCAACAAAUGUGUCUCGAUGCCGAUAAUCAAUUGCGUCAAUUAAUAUACACCUCCAAGGAUUUUAUUGUGGAGGUGGAAAAUGAAUGGACUACUACGGAGGCAGCAGAACAUAGUAAACAUGUUGAGAAUGAUGACAGUGGGGAAAUGAAAAUUGAAUUAUAUGAUUUAGAGGAUAAUAACGAGGAAGUAGUGGUGGUGGCAGAGCAGCAUAUUGAAAGUUAUCGGGGUAAGGAGGAGGAGGAUGACAAAUAUCAUGGGCCAAUCGAAAAACUUGAAAACCUUGAAACUGUGGCAGACAAUGGAACAGAAGAUAUUAUCGAAACCGAAUGUGAUUUGUCAACUAUAGAUCAAGGGGUAGUAAAUGAGAAGCAAUCCCAAAAUUCAACUCUAAAAAUUAUUGAACAAAAUUCAGAUAUCGCCAAAUCUCCUUCUCCCGUUAACGAAAAAGAACCAAACAAUAACACGAAAAAUAUUAUUGAAGAAACUGAACAACAAAUUAUGAAUUGUUUUUCCGAACUUAUUGAAGAUGAUAAUGAAUCUUAUAUGGAAAUCGAUCAAUUGGCAGAUGAUAUGGAGGAUACACAGUCGGAAUAUCAAAGUCCUAGUAAUCCGGAUAAUGCAAUUGAUUAUAUUGAAACGGAUUUAAUUGAUAUUGAAAAACCAAAAUCCCGUGGUGGUGCCGCCACUUCUGCCGAAUUUCCCUGUGAAGUUUGUGGUAAAAUUUUCAAUACCCUAUCACGUCUACGGCGCCAUGGGCCCGUUCAUUCCCUGGACAAACCAUAUGCCUGUGAAAUAUGUAAACACCGCUUCUCUUCACAGUAUUAUUUGAAAAUACACAAACAAUCCCACAACAAAGUUGGCGAAAAGAAACCUCAACCCCCUGGUGGUUUCAAAUGCCCCGAUUGCCCAAAAAGUUUUCACAAUCAACCAGCCUUAGCCUCGCAUCGCCAGGUUCACAGUAGCCGUAAAUCAUCAAAGCGUAACAUCAUCUGUGCUUUAUGUCAACGGGCAUUUUUGUCAAUGAAAACCCUAACCGAUCAUCUCAAGACACGACAUCCCGAUGCCGAGAAAUUCUCCUGCGAUCAAUGUGGUAAGAAGUUUCUACUCGAAGAACGUCUGCAACGCCACAUGGCAGCACACAAGGAUUUGGUGUGCACGAUUUGUAACAAAGAAUUUACCUCCGAACCAACACUGAAGGAACACAUGAAUAUACAUUCGGGAGCAUGUCCCUACUUAUGCUCGGAAUGUGGUAAAGCAUUUAAAUUUGCCAGUAGUCUAAGGAAACACAUUGAACGCCAUUCGGAAAUAAGUAAACAUCAUUGUACACAAUGUCCGCGAAGCUUCAAAUGUCGCAGUGAUUUGAAUAAGCAUGCGAAAAAUCAUUUGGGUCUAAAGCCGUUUAAAUGUGAUGUUUGCGGAGCGAAAUUUACCAGAGGAUUUAACUUGGAGCAGCACAAAAGAUUGCAUUCGGAACAAAGUUUACACAAGUGUAAUGUGUGUAAUGUAACAUUUUCCACAAUGAGCCAUGUUAGGCGUCAUAUGCGUACCCAUGUGAAUGUCGACAAAGAAGAGUGUUGA